UUGAUGAAGGCGGGAUGUUUAAGGUGGAACCUGUUUGUCUGCUUCAAGUCAAGUAUUUGUCCACGUGAGUGGCGCUCCUCUGCUCAGACACAGACUGCAGAGUGAACAGCAUGGACUGACUCAACUCUGUGCUGAAACUCUUCUAAACAACACGAACCAAAGCACCUGCCGGAUGGACCCUGAGGUUUAGUCGGGGGGAUUAUUCAAUGCCACUGUGACAGAAACAAAAGGAUAAUGCUGUCACACCGGAGGGGAAGGAGUCUCUCUGACGCCUUGACCCUGGAGCGAUCAGACGAGGGGGGGCUGGUCGUAUCAAGCAUCAGCAACAGUGUCUCAAGCGAUCAGGGACUGAGUGAAGGGGAUGAAAUCUUGGGGGCAACAAUCAAUUUUGAUCAACUAUCAAAAGACGAGGUGCUAAGAGUACUGAAACUAAUGGAGCCUUUUGAUGACAAUAUCCAAGUCCUCACAAGGAAAAACCUGAGCAAGAGCAUGGGAAAUCUGGACCAGUGUGUCAAGACCCCUGAGACGAUGCUGAAGGAUUCCUACAACAAGCUCUACAACACCAAAAUCAAGAAGUUUAUGAGAGACGAUUUGCCUGGUGCAGAGGAGAACUGUGUGAAUGGGGAGGUUACCGCCAAGCCAACUGUACCAGGCUCAGCCAAGGUCAACCUAAAACACGACGCGGGAUUGCCUCGCCUCGGAGUUGACUUUGGACUUCUGAAAACCAAGACUUUGAGAACAGAUGUUGAUGCUGAUUCACAAUCUGAUGAUGCUGGAGAAUUGACAUACAACAGCAAUUUGAACCUUCCACCGUUGGGUCUUGGCUUGAAUGGGACUGCUCUAAGUGGAGCUCAGCUACCAAGACUGAAAGUCAAUGCUAACAGUCCACAGCUUAACACACCAGACUUACAUCUGUCUGGAACAUCACCUGAUGGUCCAAACACUACAGCUGGUAUACAACUGCCAAACAAUAACAGCCCAUCAUUUGAUUUGUCAAUGCCAAGACCUCAAAUUGGGCUGGAAAGAAAUGGAAAUAUUAGAGGUCCAGAAGUAGGUAUCGACUUGAAAGGUUCAGAUGUUAGUACCCCUGACAUGGGGAUAAACGUUAAUGGGAGAAAUAUCACUGAUCCAUCCUUUGACACUGGUGUUCCCAAAGUGGACAUUGAAGGAACAAACAAAGUAAAAAUGCCAAAAUUGAAACUGCCAAACCUGGGCCUUUCUGGACCAGAAUGUGAAGUCAAUACACCAGAUAUAGGAACCCCAGAAGUUCCCUCAGGUAAACUCAGUCUUAAGUAUUCCAAGAAACUGAAAAACCCGUCUCUAAAUGUGGACAAUCCUUCCAGUUAUGCUGAAUCACCCAAGCUCAAGCUUUCUGGUAGAUCUCCUGAUUUAGACCUAGAAAUGCCAGGUGCCGAUAUAUCACAGCUUAAUCCGAAUGGGCUGGACAUUGACAUGCCUUCAGGGGAUGUCAGAGUGCCACAUCAUAAAUCAAAAAUUGGUCUUAAAUCUCCAGAUUUAGACCUAGAUGCCCCAUCUGGUAAAUUCACCCUGCCCAAAUUUGGGGUCUCCAGCAAAAGUGAUGCUUAUGUUAAAACACCUGACUUAAGUGACAAAACACCAAAGAUAAAAGGUGGGAUUCAUGCACCCGAUUUAAAUCUACCCAAAGCUGACCUAAAAGGACCAAAUUUAGCCUUUGAUACUCCAUCUGCUGACAUUAAAGGUCCAUUUGGAAAAUACAAGGCUCCUAAGUUUAGGAUGCCCAAAUUUGAUUUACCAGACAUUCAAGUUCCAAGUUUCAAUGGCGAUUUAGUGGGACCAGAUAUGCAGUUGGCAGCACCAGAUCUUAAAGUUAAAGGCCCUGAAUAUGACUUAAAAACUCCAGACAUGGAUGUGUCCACUCCAAAGUUUAAAGGGGGCUUCAGUUUGCCUGGUGCUGAUCUCAAAGACCCAAAGCUAAACCUUAAUACCCCUGAUGUGGAUAUUAAUUUGCCUUCUGGUAAAUUCCCUAUUGAUGCAGAUGCUCCCUCUGGCAAGGUUAAACUGCCAAAGUUUAAGCUCUUUGGCACAUUACCAAAGAAAAAAGAUGUGGAUAUCAAUGCAGGGCUGAAAACACCUGAACUAAGUCUGAAAUCCCCAAAGCUAAAUGGCAUAGAUGCUCCUGACAUGAGUUUACCAAACAUGGAUCUCAAAGCUCCAAAUUUAGACCUCCAAUCUCCAGAUGUAAACAUUGGUUCACCCAAAGGAAAGUUCACCAUGCCAAAGAUGAAAAUGCCCAGCUUUGACUUGUCAGGUCCAAGAGGAGCAAACAGUGACAUGGAUGCAUCACUAAAUAGACCAGAUCUGCCAUCAGGUGGUCUUGAUGUAGAUUUGUCUAAGCCAGAGUUUGACAUUGAUGCGCCUUCACUUGACUUCAAAGGCCCAAGGUCAAAGCUGAAAAUGCCUGAAGCUGAUUUUGGAAGUCCAUCAGGAAAAAUGAAGAUGCCAAGUUUUACAAUGCCAGAUUUUGGAUUGUCAGGGCCAAAGCUGAAAGGACUUGAUGGUGGGCUAAAGACUCCCGACCUUUCAGCCCCCAAAUUUAAGGGUGCUCUUGGUUCCCCAGAUUUGAAAUUGCCUGAGAUGGAUCUUAAUAAGCCCAAACUAGAUCUUUCUGGCCCAGAUGUCAACUUAGACAUGCCAUCAGGUAAACUGAAAAUGCCAGAGCUUCAUGCUCCAGACUGGGAUGUGAAAGCUCCAUCUGGUAAAUUGAAAAUGCCAAAAUUCAAUCUUUCAGGUACAUUACCAAAAGGACCAAAUAUGGACCUGAACGCAGAUCUUAAGUCACCAGAUUUGAGUCUUAAAGCUCCAAAGAUAAAGGGUGGAAUUGAUGCUCCUGACUUGGACUUGCCUAAUAUGGACCUUAAUUCCCCCAAGUUAGAUGUGAACACUCCAGAUCUCAACAUCGGUUCACCCAAAGCAAAAUUUAAAAUGCCUAAACUGAAAAUGCCUAAAUUUGGCCUCCCAAGCCUAAAAGGACCUGAAAUUGAUGGCCCAGAUGUAGAUAUAAAUGCACCCAAUGUCAACCUCAAAGGUCCUAAAGCUGACUUGGAUGUUGAUAUUGCUGGACCAUCGGGAAAAUUCAAAAAGCCAAACUUCAACCUGCCUGAUUUUGGACUUUCUGGUCCAAAGAUAGAUGGCCCUAACUGGGACCUCAAAUCACCUGACCUUGAUAUCUCUGGACCUAACCUCGGUGGUGGUAUAAAUGCACCAGACAUAAAUAUGCCCAAGGUUGAUCUCAAAAGCCCAAACCUGGACCUUAAUACCCCAAAGCUAAACUUAGACAUGCCAUCAGGUAAACUGAAAAUGCCAGAGCUUCAUGCUCCAGACUGGGAUAUUAAUGCUCCCUCUGGCAAAAUGAAAAUGCCAAAAUUCAAUCUUUCAGGUACAUUACCAAAAGGACCAAAUAUGGACCUGAACGCAGAUCUUAAGUCACCAGAUUUGAGUCUUAAAGCUCCAAAGAUAAAAGGUGGAAUUGAUGCUCCUGACUUGGACUUGCCUAAUAUGGACCUUAAAGCCCCCAAAUUAGAUGUGAACACUCCAGAUCUCAACAUCGGUUCACCCAAAGCAAAAUUUAAAAUGCCUAAAAUGAAAAUGCCUAAAUUUGGCCUCCCAAGCCUAAAAGGACCUGAGAUUGAUGGCCCAGAUGUAGAUAUAAAUGCACCCAAUGUCAACCUUAAAGGUCCUGAAGCUGACUUGGAUGUCGAUAUUGCUGGACCAUCGGGAAAAUUCAAAAAGCCAAACUUCAACCUGCCUGAUUUUGGACUUUCUGGUCCAAAGUUAGAUGGCCCUAACUGGGACCUCAAAUCACCUGACCUUGAUAUCUCUGGUCCUAACCUCGGUGGUGGUAUAAAUGCACCAGACAUAAAUAUGCCCAAGGUUGAUCUCAAAAGCCCAAAACUGGACCUCAAUACCCCAAAGCUAAACUUAGACAUGCCAUCAGGUAAACUGAAAAUGCCAGAGCUUCAUGCUCCAGACUGGGAUGUUAAUGCUCCCUCGGGCAAAUUGAAAAUGCCAAAAUUCAAUCUUUCAGGUACAUUACCAAAAGGACGAAAUAUGGACCUGAACGCAGAUCUUAAGUCACCAGAUUUGAGUCUUAAUGCUCCAAAGAUAAAGGGUGGAAUUGAUGCUCCUGACUUGGACUUGCCUAAUAUGGACCUUAAAGCCCCCAAGUUAGAUGUGAACACUCCAGAUGUCAACAUCGGUUCACCUAAGGCAAAAUUUAAAAUGCCCAAGUUUAAGUGGCCUAAAUUUAAUCUUCCAAGCCUAAAAGGACCUGAGAUUGAUGGGAACUUAGAUGGUCCAGAUGUUGAUGUAAAUGUACCCAAUGUCAACCUCAAAGGUCCUCAAGCUGACUUGGAUGUUGAUAUUGCUGGACCAUCGGGAAAAUUCAAAAAGCCAAACUUCAACCUGCCUGAUUUUGGACUUUCUGGUCCAAAGUUAGAUGGCCCUAACUUGGACCUCAAAGCACCUGACCUUGAUAUCUCUGGUCCUAACCUCGGUGGUGGUAUAAAUGUACCAGACAUAAAUAUGCCCAAGGUUGAUCUCAAAAGCCCAAAACUGGACCUCAAUACCCCAAAGCUAAACUUAGACAUGCCAUCAGGUAAACUGAAAAUGCCAGAGCUUCACGCUCCAGACUGGGAUGUAAAAGCUCCUUCUGGCAAAAUGAAAAUGCCAAAAUUCAAUCUUUCAGGUACAUUACCAAAAGGACCAAAUAUGGACCUGAACGCAGAUCUUAAGUCACCAGAUUUGAGUCUUAAUGCUCCAAAGAUAAAGGGUGGAAUUGAUACUCCUGACUUGGACUUGCCUAAUAUGGACCUUAAAGCCCCCAAGUUAGAUGUGAACACUCCAGAUCUCAACAUCGGUUCACCCAAAGCAAAAUUUAAAAUGCCUAAACUGAAAAUGCCUAAAUUUGGCCUCCCAAGCCUAAAAGGACCUGAAAUUGAUGGCCCAGAUGUAGAUAUAAAUGCACCCAAUGUCAACCUCAAAGGUCCUAAAGCUGACUUGGAUGUCGAUAUUGCUGGACCAUCUGGAAAAUUCAAAAAGCCAAACUUCAACCUGCCUGAUUUUGGACUUUCUGGUCCAAAGUUAGAUGGCCCUAACUUGGACCUCAAAUCACCUGACCUUGAUAUCUCUGGUCCUAACCUCGGUGGUGGUAUAAAUGUACCAGACAUAAAUAUGCCCAAGGUUGAUCUCAAAAGCCCAAAACUGGACCUCAAUACCCCAAAGCUAAACUUAGACAUGCCAUCAGGUAAACUGAAAAUGCCAGAGCUUCAUGCUCCAGACUGGGAUGUAAAAGCUCCUUCUGGCAAAAUGAAAAUGCCAAAAUUCAAUCUUUCAGGUACAUUACCAAAAGGACCAAACAUGGACAUAAACGCAGAUAUGAAUUCACCUGACUUGAGCCUGAGAGCACCAAAGAUGAAAGGUGGAAUUGAUGCUCCUGACUUGGACUUGCCUAAUAUGGACCUUAAAGCUCCCAAAUUAGACAUGAACACUCCCAAUGUCAACUUUGGUUCACCCAAAGUGAAGCUGAAAAAGCCCAAAUUGAAAAUGCCUAAAGUUAGUCUACCGCACCUAAAAGGACCUGAGAUUGAUGGCCCAGAUGUAGAUAUAAAUGCACCCAACUUCAACCUUAAAGGGUCCAAACCUGGCUUUGAAAUGCCAGAUGUUAAUUUUGGCAGCCCAUCUGGAAAAAUUAAGACGCCACAUUUGAAAAUGCCUGAUGUGGGAUUUACUAGUCCAAAGUUAGAUGGCCCCAACUUUGACUUCAAAUCACCAGAUCUUAAUGCCAAAUUACCGAAAGGGCCAAAUUUGAACAUAAAUUCAGACCUGAAAACUCCAGAUUUUAAUCUCAAAGCUCCAAAGAUGAAAGGUGGAAUCGAUGCCCCCAAGUUGGGCUUACCAAACCUGGACCUUAAAGCUCCCAAGUUAGAUAUGAACACUCCAGAUUUGAAUAUUGGUUUACCUGAUGCAAAGUUAAAAAAGCCCAAGAUGCCAAAAGGCCCAAAUGUUGACAUUAAUGGGGACCUACAUGGGCCUGACCUGAAUUUCCCAAAUGUAGAUGUUAAUGGUCCAAAAGGGAAAUUAAAUAUGCCAAGUUUAAAUGCACCAGACUUCAAUCUCUCUGCACCUAAGUUAAAAACACCAGACAUGGAUCUUUCAGGACCUAAACUGAAAGGUCCUGGUAUUCGUAUGCCAGAAUUAGAUUUGCCUGAUGCCAGGUUCAAAGGGGGAAUGAGAGGUCCAGACGUUGACAUGAAUGUUCCCUCAGGAAACAUCCAGGGUCCUCAGAAUGAUUUUGAUUUGGCAGACAGAAAAUUCAAACUCCCUUCUUUCAAGCUGCCUCAGUUUGGAGGCCCAGAUCUUACAGCGACAGGGUCUGAUAUUGAUUUUGGUGCCUCUCCGAGACCAACAAAUCUGGAUAUUACUCCUCCAAAACUGAACAUGAAACCACCACAGUUGAAGGGAAAUAUCACAGGUCCAAAUGUCAGCGCUCCAAACAUGAAUCUCAGCAUGCAAAACGCGGCAAUGCGGAAUCCACAGCUGCAUCUCAAACAUCCGAAUCUCAACAUAGAUAAUGCGUCACUGAAUUUCAAAGGACCUUCUUAUAAGAAUCUCAGAUCCAAUAUCACAGGGGUAAACAUGAAAAUGCCUGUCCUGGAUGUAGAUAGAGAUGUCAGACUUCAUCACACAGAUAGAAGGUCGGCUAGGACCCAAGUAAGGUCCAGCUACCCUCUGCCAGAUGCUAAUUUAGGCCACAAUAUUAAUUUCAACCAUUCAGAUCUCAACAUCGAUGAUUUCACAGGAAGGGAUCAUGUGCCUCGAGCCAGAGGUUCGAAACUAGACCUCCAGGCAUCACAGAACUACAGACAGAUGGCCUCCCCGUCAGGUGUUAAUAUAGGCAUGAGGGACCCCAGACAUACCAGUCGAAUUCCUACCGGUGACAUUUAUGUGAAUCCUCCGAGAACAAUGCAGCCGUUACCUAAUGCACGUUUGCCACAAGAUCCAAGAAUAAGAGUACCUGAUAGUAGAGAUGGAUACUUCGUCACUGUUUUCCCCACUGAAGCACAAAAUCAAAGAAUGCCAAACCGCAAAUAUAACACUCUUGGGGGGCCUCACUUUUAUCCAACAAACGUAGACCUUGAAGUUCCAGGUGAAGAUGAUGUAAAAGGGUCAACGUUCUUCUUCUCCAACCUCAUGUAGGUUUAAAACCACUCAUGUUUCCACAAGUGGUGCCAAAUGUUUCUUUUAGUGUUUUUAUUUUUAUACUGAGUUUAUUUAUUGUGACUUAAGCUGUUGUAAGUUGUUGUUGUGUCAUUUGCUUUGUAAUGAUUCAGCCUACAUUGUAAUGAAGCGUUCUUGCACUUGUUUUAUAUGUAAAUUUAAAACAUUUUCACAUUUUGUACUUUGUUUGCAAUACUUAAAGGUAUUCUUUCUAUGUACAUUAAAGUUAAGUUAUAGCACCCAAAUGGUACUAUUACAAGAUCUACAAGUUAUCUAUUGUUGUUGUAUUGCUGUAUGUAUAUGUUUAUAUUAUAUUAUACUUUAUGUCUAUACUUUUGAAACACCUACAUUUUAUAUUAAUGGUCGAUGUAGGUUGAAUUUAUGUAAUUUUUAUAAACAAUUUUGCUUCAACUGUUUUUAGUAAUAUAAAUGAAAUUAUUUAAGUUACUAUAUGUACUAAACUAUAUUCAAACACCAUAUGUACUUUUUACUGUUGUAAAAGAAAAAUAAACUAUAUACAGUAAUUGUUUUCUAAUUCA